UUGGCGGCCAAAUAAAAAACCACAAAACCCCAACGCAACACAACACAACACAAAACCAAACUCAAAAACCAAACUCAAAAACCAAACUCAUUCACUUCACUUCAUUUCAUUUCGUGAAUAACUAUGUUAUGUUAUUUCCUUACAGAUCUACAAACAGAACACAAUUAACUUGUUAACCAACAACAACAUUCUCUGUUCUACUCUCUCAGCCUAUCCACACCUUUAACGUUAAAAACUGCCCCAAUUUUGAAUCAUUCAUAACAAAAAACAAUGUUUUGGUUGAGACCCAUUUUGCGUUCACAAUCAAGAUCUUCAAUUUGGGUGUUAAACCAUUCUUCCAAUGGAUAUUGUAAUUCCUUUUCAACUUCCUCAGCAGCCGCAAUUCAAGCUGAGAAAACCAUAAACAAUGGCCCUAGAAACGAUUGGACAAAAGAAGAAGUCAAAUCUAUCUAUGAUUCUCCCAUUCUCGAUCUUCUCUUCCAUGGGGCUCAGGUUCAUAGACAUGCUCAUAACUUUAGGGAAGUGCAACAAUGUACUCUUCUAUCUGUCAAAACAGGUGGGUGUAGUGAGGAUUGUUCUUAUUGUCCUCAAUCCUCUAGAUAUGAUACAGGACUCAAAGGUCAAAGACUUAUGAACAAGGAGGCUGUUCUCCAGGCUGCAGUUAAGGCAAAAGAGGCUGGGAGUACUCGCUUUUGUAUGGGCGCUGCAUGGAGGGAUACAAUAGGAAGAAAGACCAACUUCAACCAGAUACUUGAAUACGUAAAAGAAAUAAAGGGUAUGGGGAUGGAGGUGUGCUGCACCCUUGGCAUGCUGGAUAAAAAUCAGGCUGGUGAACUCAAGAAGGCGGGUCUUACUGCCUAUAAUCACAAUCUUGACACUUCAAGGGAAUACUAUCCAAACAUCAUCACCACAAGAAGUUAUGAUGAGCGCCUUCAAACCCUUGAGUAUGUUCGUGAUGCAGGGAUCAAUGUCUGUUGUGGAGGAAUUAUCGGACUUGGAGAAGCAGAAGAAGACCGUAUAGGUUUGUUGCAUACAUUAUCAACACUUCCCACACAUCCAGAAAGUGUUCCUAUUAAUGCACUUGUCGCCGUAAAGGGAACCCCUCUUCAGGAUCAGAAGCCUGUUGAAAUAUGGGAGAUGAUUCGCAUGAUUGCAACAGCGCGUAUCACAAUGCCAAAAGCAAUGGUGAGGUUAUCAGCCGGCAGAGUUCGGUUCUCCGUGCCUGAGCAGGCAUUGUGUUUUCUAGCCGGUGCCAAUUCUAUCUUUGCUGGUGAAAAGCUUCUCACAACUGCUAACAAUGAUUUUGAUGCUGAUCAACUCAUGUUUAAAGUUCUUGGUUUGCUUCCAAAAGCUCCAACCUUAGAUGAAGAUGAGGCAGAAAAUUAUAAAGAAGCUGCUUCUUCUAGUUGAUUUGAUUUCUUUGACUAUUCAUCAAUGGAUGGAUCCUCAACUACUCUUUUUCCCCUUCCUAGGUUCCCUUGAUAACUUCAGAUACACUGUAUUUUAGGUAUUGGUGAAUUUGCUUAUUCUCAGCUUUGAAGACAAACUCCAAUAGAACAAAAAUGAUUAAUUUUCAAUAACUUAGCAAGUACCUGCCUAAAAUCUACAAUUCCCAAUUUAUUAUUACUUUUUGCAUAUUUGUCUGUAGGUUUUAAAACUGUGCUCAUAUCAUUUUAUCACUUUUUUCUAUGGAUCUGACUUCUCUAAA